ACUACGGACGCCUUCAUUGUGGCUCCACCUUUAGGGUAAAGAAUUCAUUAGUUCCAUGGAAACGUAGGAUAACAGUUUCUAACAGCCUCGUUCCGGCCAUGGAAUUCAUUUAAACAAAACAAACGCGUCGUUUGUCAAUAAUACGGAAGACACCGUCGCUACAACCGAUACAUCUAACCUCUCCGAAUCUCUGGGGAGCCGUGCGAUCGGUCACGGUGUCCGGGAUCGUGGAAUCGCGUACCCGCGCAUGAUCAGACGGGAAUAAAUCUUUCUGUGUCAGAAAAAUUCUGUCGCUGUGUGUAUGCCUUAAAAUGAUACACUGUCAUCUGUGAAAGCGUCGCGAACGUAAACAAACUGUCCGAACGCGGUGUUCUCGUGAUUCCGCGUUAUUCUCAUUUUGCUUGUCUCGGCACAGUCGCGGCUAGUAUGACCACCGACAGGAUUUGUUUUCGUGCGACUGGACGGCUCCCUGUGCCCGCAAUAAUGCGCCGUCAGCUGUACAACCGUGUUUGUUUAACGCGAAAUGCUCGUCCCUCGUAAAGAUUUGCGUCGCUUUCGGUGAUGAUAUGGAGGAGGACCGGGCCACGGAUCGGAACGCACUGUGCCGCGAUAAACUUUUAUUUACAUGUAGACUAAGUCGACGAGUAUAAACAUGGCCGUCGCACUUUGUGUUGAUUACUUGUGUCAGUUCGGGAUCAAGGAAGUCCAGCUAGAAUGGAAAUAAUGGACGGAACUCGUGCAUCCGAAUUAUCCAGUCGCUCGAGGGUGAUUGAACCUUGCCAGACGUAUGUCAUGCCACAUUGUUAACGCGUAACGCGAUCGCAAUCAUAGCUCAGCUGACUACUAUUGACCUAUUGGUGUUGCUGUCAGGAGGAAGUUUUCAGGGCUGUUUUGUAACGAAACCGUUGGAUUUCCCACGGUUUUUCAUUUAUUCCGCCGUGACGAUCUCCGUCGCUGAAACGAUUGUUACUUGUGUAGUGGAUUUUCCGUUGCGUUUGAUUUAAAUAAGUGUGCUAGUGAUGUUGUAUUCGAGUGUCCUCAAUUGUGAGUGUUGCAUUUUGCAGCAGUGCACACAACCGACGCAUUUUGUGCAAUCUUCGAUAAUUUCGUCGGAAAUGGGUGAACAAAUUUUCGAGCAUUGAGAUAUCCAUUUAAAAGGCGCUUCCGAAUCAAUGCAGAGCACUUUCUAGGCUGUUGUCUGGGUGAGCAAUGAAUGUAUUCCGAAUUUUGACUCCAUGUGUAUUACAACGAAGACGACCAAAGGAGGUACAUAAUUCCGAUAAAAGGGAUUGCUGGUUUGUGAAAAGACGGCGCGGAGAUGCUUCCUACAUGAUACAUAGAAUGGGUGCUUCUGCAUCGUCAAGCAUCACCAGUGUAGGUGGAGAUUCAGUCCAAGCAGCUAGACUCUCAUCUAAUCCUGAUCAACAUGGCAUUGCUAUCAGGGAAAAGAAGAAGAAAAUGACGGGGUUCGCAACGUUAAGGAAGAAAUUCAUUCGAAGACGCAGGUCUUCGAAAGCCUGUGAUCAUGGUAGAAUAAUCAGAGAUUUAGUGUCAACAUGGAGUCAUCUAGAGGCAACGGCUCUUUUAGAAGAGUACGAGGCCUUAGCUGCUCUAAAGGAUUUACAUGUACAAGCCGAAUUAGCUAGACCACCAGCAGCAACGUAUAAGCAAGACUUGUCAAUGCUAUACGAUUACAAACACUGUUCUGAUGUAGAUCUCGUUUAUCGUGGAGCCUGUUUUCCCGUUCAUAGAGCACUGUUGUCUGCGCGUUGCCCAUAUUUUAGGGACCUGUUAGCUGGUUGUCCAGGAUAUGGCGCCAGGAUAUGCCUAGAACUAAGAACACCGAAUCUCGAAGUUCAAAUGUUUUCGGCGCUGUUGCGCUAUCUCUACACUGGUGAUAUUUGCCCACAUGAUGCAGCUGUGGAGGCGAACCUUCUACGACGAUUAGGAGAAGAAUUCGGCACACCGAACCCGUUGGAACACGAUCUCAGAUAUUUACUGGAUACUGGUGAUUAUGCAGAUGCCGCAUUAGUGUUCACGUCGGACAGUGAUUAUCAGAGACCAGAUAGUGGGAGUUCAGAAUACGGAUUCCGGCCAAAAUUAGAACUGCCAUGUCAUAAAGCGAUACUUUCUGCGAGAUCUCCGUUCUUCAGGAACUUAAUACAAAGACGGACUAGAUCAGGGGAAGAUCACACAGAAAGGGCGCUUCAUAUACCUACUAGAAUAGUUUUGGACGAGAGUGUAAUUCCCAAACGAUAUGCCAGAGUAUUAUUACAUGCAGUGUAUUUAGAUACCGUUGAUUUAUCGUUAAUAAUGAGAGGUAAUGGUUGCGGAAACAGCGCUGGUAGUCUUGGGGAGGUUCAAGCUCUCACUCAUACUGGACGUGUUCGACCAAGCCCCUUGGAGGAAGCAAUGGAAUUGUACCAAAUUGGCAGAUUUUUGGAGUUAGAUAUAUUGUCACAGGGUUGUGAAGAUCUUAUUUUAGAAUACCUUACAUUGGAAUCUCUACCAGCUGUGCUGAAAUGGGGUAGUCAACCUCAUGGAUCUGCGUGGGUACACAGACAAGCGUUGCAUUAUUUGAGAGAAGAAUUUCAGCCAGUCGCUUCCUCUUCUAUUCUUCAUCAAUUGGAUCACGCACAUUUGGCGAACGUUUUGCAAAGUCAUUUUUUGCAAGCUAGCGAGCUUGAAAUACUGCAGGCAGUACUCAAGUGGGGGGAACAAGAAUUGGUACGCCGUAUGGAAGACAGGGAGCCUAAUUUACUUAGUCAUACAGUGCACUCCGUGACAAGGAAGGGGCUGAAGAAAAGGGACCUAAGUGACAUAGAAUUACGAGAGAUUCUCAGUGAACUUUUACCUCUUGUCAGAAUGGAUCACAUACUACCACCUAACAGUGAAGCACUGGCUCAGGCUAUCAGGAGGGGGUUGGUAUCAACUCCGCCGAGUCAUAUGAUAGGAGAUGAAAGAGAGAACCUCCGUAUGAACGCUUGGAUAAGGGGAGGGAAGAAGAACGGAUUUUUCGUAAGACCACGAUUAUUUAUGCCGUACUAUGAAGAAAUAAAGUCUUUAGUUGAGGAACAAAUGGUCCAAGAAGCAGAUUUGGUGAGAUUACGAAGGCCACGGUAUGUUGCCGAUAUUCCAGAUGCCUUGUACAUGGUUGAUGAAAAGCCCAGACCAAUAGGCACGGCUGGCGUGGAUGUUCUCGCUGCUGCGUUUCCAGUUCCAGAUUCAGUAACCCUGGCAGCUAUGAUGAAACGUGAGCAGAAGUUGAGGCAGUCUCCCAGUUGUCAGAGGGCUAUUAAUCUACCGCUGUCGUCACGUCACGAAAUCAACAGACAGGUACGGCUACGUGUUGUGAGGGAGUUCAACUUACCUGAUACAGUGGCGGAUCUGCUAGAGAACACGGCCGCGUACAACGUGAAGGAGCAAAACGAGAGACUGACCGAUAUCGAAGACAUGGAUUCACUGGGCAUGGGCAUCAACGCGAGAACGGCACCGCCGUUGUGCUACGGAAGGAACAUGACAUUCCCGCGGCCGGCGUCGUCCUGCGCGCACAGACACGAGCUUCCGGCGAUAGUGACCGAGGGCGAAAGCUGCAGGCUCCUCGCGGAGCAACAAGAAAGUAACUCUUGUAGCGAUGGACAGUUAUCUGGCGUGAUGCCAGACGUAGCAAUGGCAACAGCCUCCUUUGGAGCCUUGCAGCUGAUAGAGGAGCAGGAGCUGGAGCUGGACCUCGGCGACGGAACCUCCCAUCUUCUGCAGCACGUAUCGCCAUCCAGUGGAACCAUGGGAUCGCACAGAUCCUCGCUGCCACAUCAGCAUCAGAGGCAUUUCUCUGGACCGCCUCCUCCACCGUACAUGUACCACCGUGCUGGCACUGCCUUACCAAGAUAUAUAUAAGAUUUCUAACGAAAUAAGAAGUGUAUAGUAAACUUGGACCCCUACUAGGAGUUCUUUUCCCGAAUGAAAGUAGACUCACCAGGUGUACUCUUCGUGUACUGCCAUGGUUGCUCUGUAAACACGCGAGAGUUUUAGGUUCGGUACAACCGUGGACGCGUGUCCGUUUGCAUAAAGUGUUUGCUUCGGUUACUUUGUAAAAGAACGCUAGCAGAGUGCACACUUUAUGCGAGCUCUUUUGUCUACAGCGAUUGAAUAUGAUUGGCAGUUAGGGCUCCCGUAUUUAGCGAUGAUACUUUAACGUUGAGACCAGCCGAGACCACAGUAUACUUAUAUUAGUUAUCGCUAGACUGCGGAUCAAUACCAUAGCUAAUCGAGGGUUCCGUCGAGUAAUAAGCUACAGAGUUCAAUAGCGAGUGUAACACAGUUCUAGGUUAGAAUUUAUCUUCCAACAGUAACUACUGCAAGAAGUAACAAUCCCACUGAACAGUAUUUUUCCAAAAAUUCGACUGUACAAACGAGGAUUACCGUGAACGUCCGCAGUCUGGCCCGCAUCACCCUCACGAUAUUAUUAUGCUACUCGAAUUUCUUUACUGUAUAUAUAUAUAUAAUACGCGCGGAGGGAAGAUCUCCCGUCUGUUAAGAGUUUGUAAAGGUAAAAAGAACAGUUUUCCGUAGGAUCUGUAGAAUUUCACUGCCACUGAUCAUUCGAAACGGCGCUGAGCAUGAAGCGCAACGGCCUCCGAUGAUCAGCAUCAUUGUGUUUCCAUUCUCGAUAGCCGCCGUGGUGAACACGGGGAUGCACUUAACCGGAGUCUUCUGCGUCUAGGUGAAACUACUCGCGGGUACAAAUUCCACGGAACGGGCGCACACUGGGGUCACACCGCCCCGUGUUGUAAAUUUUAUUUAAAGCAGCUUAACGAAAGUAGAGGACCCACGGUUUCCAGGAUGUAUUUGUAAUCAUGCCGGGAUCGGGGGGCGCACCUCGUCGAAAGUUCAUGCUUAUUAGGUACAAUCACAUUAUAGAUGUAACUUAACUAGGUGCAUACGCGUGCAGCUGUGGUUUAUAUGCGUGUAUGCGUGGACGAUGCGUGCGAGUGUAUGUACACGAAUCCGCGUGCUCUCUAAGUACCAUAUAAAGUGUUAAAAUUAGACAAUGUUGCCGGCGUUUCACGAAUGAGAGAGAGAGAGAGAAU